UCGCGGUGUACCCGCGGUGUCGUCUUGCGUUUCUUCCAAAAAAUUCCUAUCGUUGUUUCUAAUCGGUGUGCCCGAUGAUAUCAACUUAAAUAUAAAAAGAAAAAGAAAAGAAAAAAAAAAAACGGAGUGCAACAAAGUGGCAAUAAAAAUUUCGUUCCUGUGAAAUGUGAUUACAGACCUUGACACAGUUUAGCGAGGAUAGCAGUUUAACGACGCGCAAGUUUGGCAUCGUUUAUGUUUUGGUAGCAGUAGAUUAGCGAGUGUGCAAGUGCAUCUGGUGCAGACGCAUGCAGCGGCGUGCAACGUGGCCUCGUGACACGGUGUAACGACGCAUUGAUUCGAUCUUUACAACGGCCGGCCACGCUGAUGGAGCCUGUUGUUCGUGGCGUGUGACCGCGUCCGCUCGGCUACGCGCCUCCGACUGCCUCGCUUCUUUGUGUCACGCGACCUCAGCUCGGCCGGAUGGUGAAUUGAUUUUACUCGUCCACUGUUUCUGGAUAGACGAGCGCGUGGAAAGGCAAUAUGGGAAUGUGUUUGAUAAGAGUGGGGAUUAUGUAGAUUGAUAGGCAGAUUGGCGCAAUGGAAUACGUAAUAUUGUCUCGAUGUGUUUCUUCGCGGUUUGGUGACAUUUUAUCGCAACUGGAAAAUCGCGUAGCUGUGCUUUGGAACUGUCAGCAAACUGACAUAGAUUUGAGAAAAGUGUUAAUUAAAACUGACCAAAUCGAGCUAAAUUUUUUGUAUUAAUGAAAAACACGGUUUAAUACUUCUUGUGAGGAUAUAUCAGUGUUCUUGUGGUCGUAACUUUAAAAAACACCUUCGAUAAAUUAAUGUUAAAUUAAUGAUAAAAUACUGUUGUAAAGAUCUGCCAAAAUGUUUAGCCUCGACUGGGGCUUUCACUUCAUUCCAGAAGGAUAUGGAGGUUCGGAGAAGAAUGGAUUUCCUGAUGCCGGUGCUUCAUUCGCGUGCCAAUUUGGUGAGGUAUCAGGUGAGAACGUGUCUGCAAGCUCUGGACCUCGUGGCGGCGAUCGUGGAGAGGCGACCGAUUUAGGCACACACACGGAAAAUACCGACGGGGCCACCCUGGCCGCGAACACAGCGGUCGACGCUAGGGGCGGAAGCCCCCAGGGUGCCCACCUUUCCGGUGCGGCCACCCCCAGACCGCCAAGGGGAAGGAGGCGACAGAACCAGAAUGGUCUCGACACUACUCAAGUUAAAACAGAACGCCUUACACCAGACAAUAAUUCUACGUCGUCGAGGAGCGUGACGCCCUCAUCCUCCAGCCACCCAGGAACGCCGCCAAAUGCUACCCCCUUGGGUGGACCCGAGGGCCCACCACCACCCCAUCACCUCAAACACAUGGAACAGAUGAUGGGACGAAAUUAUAGCGAUUUUAUGAGAAGCCUCGCUGCCAAGUACAAUAACGCCAACCCUAAUGACUACUUCAGUUCACCAAGGAACGGCUAUCCUCCAGGCUUAGAUCCAAGGUUCCCAGGAUUCAAAACUGGCGCCACACCCUUCGUCGGUUUGAUGGCCCCGUUGGGUGCACCGCAACCGUCAACCGUGUCCACCACCUCACCCCUUUCCAAUAAGGAUCCGAAAGAGCAGAAACAAGACAGUUUGUUUGGCAACCCCGUCUUCCCACCCAUGUUAGAUAUGUCGUCGACGCAAGCGCUUUUGCACAUGGUGAGGACUGCAAAUGCAGCACAGAAUGCAGCAGAAUUAGAAACGUACCUCAAAGGUGCGAACAAAAGAGACGCGGGUGUAACGAGUCCUCUGGAUCUCUCGAGUCCAGGUGGCUUUGCUCCGCGGAAGAGGCAGAGGACGGAAACCAGGAGAUCGGGAAGCGUUUCUCCGAAGCCGAAACCAACCCCUCGACCUACCACACCACCCCCAGUCAGGUGUCCAUCCCUAUGUGGUCACAUGCCCUGCGGUGAUGGACAAGCUGUCAAUCGAUGGACCAUCGAGGACGUCGUCAAUUACGUAUCGUCGAUCGAUAUUUGCGCAGAGUACGCACAGAAUUUCCGCGAGCACCGGAUCGAUGGAGCGGCAUUGCCCCUUCUUUCGGAGGAUCAUUUAACCGGGCCUAUGGGAAUGAAGCUAGGUCCAGCCCUGAAGCUUCGCGCGCUGUUAGCCCGGAAGCUGGGCGCUUGCACGGUCUGUUUGCACUGUGCACACUGCCAUCAGACACCUUUGCCGGCAUUGAACGCGGCCGCGGCUGCGGCAGCCGCGUCGCAACAGCAACACCAGCAGCAACCGCAGCAACAACAGUUGCCUGGAAGGCGGCCGAGCAGCACAGGAAACUGACAAACAAUGGCGGAGACUCCUCUGGGCCCGGAGGGCACGGUCACGCCCUCCACGGACCCGAACAGGGCCCUCAGGAUAGAACGGCGCGUAUCACGUCCCAUACGCAAGCCGGAAGUCGUCUUCAAGAAGCCCAUCAAACAGUGACGCGGACUACGCGACAGCGCGUACACGUGACCGCGGACGCUGUGGAGUUCCGGAGGCUCCGCCUUGUCCUUCAUGUUAUAUUCCUUUUUCCUUGGACGUUCGACAACGAGAAAGAGUUUCGUAUAUAUACAUAUGUAUAUGUAUAUUAUGAGAGAGAGAGAGAGAGAGAGAGAGAGAGAGAGAGAGAAAGAGAGAGUACCUGGAGAAAAAUUGCUCCGUCUCGGAGGAAUUUCACUUUGCUGCGUUGUACUUACUUAUAGAUGACUGGCUCGUGGAAUCGGGUGAAAUCGUGCGUGGGAGUAGGUGACUCUUCGAGAAAGAGAGCGAAGAUUGGAAAUGCGAAGGUUGAGUAGCCAGAAGACUUAGUUUUUUACGUUGAUUCGAUAUAGAGUUUGAAGUGUGGAUAAGAAGUUUGUAGAGGAUUUGUUGUUCUUUUACUUUUUGGAAUGAAGAUGGUAUUUCAUGUUUGAUUUCAUUUUUGACAGAAUUCUCAUUGUUACGUACGUAUAAAUGAAUUCCUUUUUUCGUUCCUAUUGAUAUAACGUUGUUCCGACGAAUGUAGCGUGCGAUUUUGAUGUAAUUUCAUUACAUCUUCAGAUAUUUAAAUCGUUAAACCGUAAGCUUUAUCUACAUCCAAAUUUUUAUAACUUUGGAAUACAACGAUUAUUAUAAGGAAGAAACAUAAAGGAAGUGUAAUAAGUAGACAUCUUCUAGUAAACUUCUUGUCCGCACGCUGAUCCGAAAGCUCGGCAAACCAUCGAAUUUAAAAUGAAAUUUUCAAUCGACGAUUACCGUAUCCUUUAAUUAAAUCGUAAACCUUUAGGAUGAUCGCCAGUGCCUGAAACAAGAAUACUUGUCCAGAGAAUCUGGGCAGCCCGAUUCAGAGUUUCAUUCGUGAAAUCUUCCAACGGUGCGAUUCUCUUUAAUUUGUAAUUCCUUUGUCCGGUUCUUAAGAGACUUGUACCGCUGGUCAUGCUAACAGAUUCUCUUCGACGAGCAGGAAGUGGAGGGUGACUAACAAGUGUUAGCAUUCUCGCGUUCUGCCGCUUAUAAAUUAGAAAUAGACACGCGAUGAGCAUAAAAGAGAUGACGCUGCGUGAUAAUCAAAUUAAUUGGGAUAGUAAUUAGCGAUUAGACCGCUUGGUUUGCGUGCUUAUUCAAAUUACAUCCUUCGGUCGGAGAAAAAAAAAGAAUGGCCAACCGGAAGCAACAUGUUCGAUUCUUCGUGAGCAAUUAACGUGUCAGGAUUUCAAGAUCGGUUUCACGCGGAACUAAUAGCCUCGAAAUCUCCGGAAUAUCGACUUAGCGAUGGAAAUUAACGUUUUAGAAUGAUUAAAGCGCGAAUUAAUGUACAUUCUGCGAGAUCAACGAAACGAGUGCCUCUAUCUUUAAAAAGUCUUCCACAAGGCUAGCCUUUCUUAGAUGAACGAAACAAUGGAGACAAUUGGCAAUUUUUAACGUCAGUUAGAAAUUCGUAAUGCUCAUCGAUGCUGCUCUUUGUUACCUGAAAUUGAAGCUUUCGAGCGAGAAAGAUUCAUUGUACCGAGAAAAAUUAUUCGAGUUCUGUUGUACGAUAAAUUUGUAGAUUAGAAAUCAAGCAAAUACAUUAAUUUGCUUGUCGCUGAAAUAUAAAAUGUCCUAGUAAUAUUUGUAACAUCUUUCGAUUGAAUUUGAAUACUGUACAAGGGAUGAAAUGCUAUAUUAAAGAUAAGAUACAAAAUAAUAAUAAAAUAAUUCUGCGAUACUACGUACAAUUUCAUUAAUGCAAAGCAUUAGAAAAUGUCUAUUGGAUAACAGAGAUUGUAAAUAUAUUCUAAAUAAUGCAGUUAGAAGCAUUCGAAGCGAUAAUAGUCAUCCAAGAUGAACUCGAAUAAUUUCGCGGAAACACCGAGUCCGACAAACACAGAUAGUAAAGCGUCGAACGACGAUUCUAAUCUUCAUCGUCGUGUGAAGAAUUAAAAUCGUAAACGACGAUAAGAAAUAAAAAGGUAAUAUUAAAUAAGUACAUACCGCAGUAGGUAUAAUAUAUCGAACGAACUAAGUGAACAAUUUGUUGUUUAGUGAGAGCGUGUGAAAAACGAAUGAGUGAAACAGUUGUACGAACGAGAGGACGAGCGUGAGAGAAAGUAUGCUAAGAAGAAAAAAUGAAAAAGAGACAACACUUUAUUAGCGAAGAAAUAAAGAAAAAGGAAAGAUGAAGAAUUUAUGUGCAAUAACGACGAAAGGGAACGUUUCUUCGACACGGUACUUAUAUCUAGCUGUACGAUAGGAUGAUACGUAUUUGCUCAAAUCGUUGUUUCUUUUAUAUAUUUUAACAAAGUUUUUAUAUGAAUGAAUUAUAAAUGAUAAAAUAUACUAAAUUAUAUUUUUGCUAACGUUCUACGUGCAAACCACACGGAGAAAAUCCACGAGCGGGUAACAUUCAUAUACCUAUAAAGAAUAUGUAUACGUAACGCACACAAACGCAUACAUACACGCAUAGACACGACAUUACAGAAACACGAGAAUACAAAUUAGAAGCCGAUACGUUGGAAAUCGAUAUAGAUUUACGAGAUGGACGGACCCGUAAAUAUAAUUUAGGGAAAACAUUGUAAAUUAAUCUUCUCCCUCUCUUAUUUACAACGUUUAACGUUUAUUUAUUUAGCAGUAAACCCGUUGCCUUAUUGUAUUCAUGUAAUAACAAUUUAGUCGUAAAUAGAAAGAGAGAUAUUCUUAGACGAGCGAGUCGCCCAGGACGAUUGUUAGAAUGGAAGAGUUGAUAAGUCGUGAGACGAGCAGUAUUUUUAGAUUUACAUUAGCCUGAAUUUACUGCAGACUAUUAUACGUUUAUAAAUAUUAUGUAUACAUACACUUAUACGCGCGUUCUCGCGCACAGUACAUCUGCUCGUACUUCCAGCUUUCGGUAAAUCCGCGAUCCUUUACAUACUUUGACCGUUACAUGUUAGUAGUACGUUAACAAUUUAGUAAAACAAUUAAUGGCAUAUAUCGGACGAGGUAUAGAACACAGAUAAAAAUUAAACAACCUGUCCCGAAUCAAACUCAAACUGUUAUGGUUACCUGCGACCCAAAGAUAUUACACUUUUCAGAGUUCAUUUUCAAUUCUUAAUUGUUUCCCUUCAUUCGUUCUUAUUAGACAAGUACAAAGUUUCUCGAAAAUUGUAUUAUAUUGAACAGACUAUCUGCGAAACAUUUUGAAAAAUGAAUAAACGGAAGGUUGGACGACACGAGCGGACAUUAACCGAGCUAGCGGCUUUUACUUAAAACGAGAUCAUUGUACAUAAUGCUUAAGCAUUUAUUUAUAUCGUGCUUUUACAGAAGAAGAACCCGUAGUAUUUUAUUUAGUUUCGUAGCAGAGGUUCAUGCACAUCAUUACCGCGUUAGCACGAGAUCGUUAAAUUGUCGGGCAACAGGAUCGUUUUGGGGUGCGAACGGACAUACGAGUAGCGAGCUACGAGAUACGUGUGUUUGUGUUUGCUGGAGAUAGAAGAAAGUGGAUAUAGAAAGGAGAGGAUAUACAGAAAGGAGAAGUAUGAGAGGAAAUUCGUAUGCAUAUCGACUUAUUUAAAAAAUAUAAAUGAGAGAAUAUAUGUACAGAAUGAGACGAGCAUGCUGGAGAAAAAGAGGGAUGAAGAAGCGGGCGAUAAGGCAAUCUUGUGAUACUUCGAUGAUUUUAUUUUCCAUCUAUUUUUUUUUUCUUCUUUCACCCUUCGUUUCCUUCUGCAAUUUAUUUCCGCAUCCAAUCAUUACCAUUCUCCCAUGAAAAACUUCCUUCCGACAUCCCCUUUUUUAUUUCUCCAUCGCGAGCCUGUCGUGUAUUAUUUUACUGAUUAACUGUCAUAUUAUGUAUAGUAGAAAUUAAUGGUGAAAAGAGAACAAGAACAGUACAUUGUUUCUGUUAAAAUAAACCUUGUUGAAAAAUA